AUGAUUUUUCUAAUUUACCCGGUCAACGGUGUUCGGUCAAUUAACUCUCGUCGUUGCGGAACCUCUUACGGAACCAGCCACGUUACGCAUUGCGCUGUUAAAUUACCGAACGAAGUUCUCGCUGGGUGUUGCCAGGCCCGUGGACAGUGCUCGAAUCUGAAAAUUAUGCGCGCCUUUCCACGUCGAGCCCGGCUUGACUUAUGGCCAGAAUUCGGUUGGUCGCAUUACCAAUGCUGAAUUUCACAUUAGAAUUCCUAUCUCGUUAUCCCUAUCAGCUUAAGCAACACCCAGACACUUAUCCUUUAAAAAUUACGCAAGACCACUUUUUAGUCGACCAAGGAUGUCGUGCCAAACACAGAAAUUACAAAAAUUUCAUUCAUAACAUUUAA